UCACCAUGGUGCUGGAGUCGGUGGUCGCCGACUUGCUGAACCGCUUCCUGGGGGACUAUGUGGAGAACCUGAACAAGUCGCAGCUGAAGCUGGGCAUCUGGGGCGGAAAUGUUGCUUUAGAUAAUCUGCAGAUAAAAGAAAAUGCUUUGAGUGAAUUGGAUGUUCCCUUUAAAGUCAAGGCUGGCCAAAUUGAUAAGUUAACUUUGAAGAUUCCUUGGAAGAACCUUUAUGGAGAAGCGGUCGUGGCUACCCUGGAGGGUUUAUACCUGCUUGUUGUCCCUGGAGCAAGUAUUAAAUAUGAUGCUGAGAAAGAAGAAAAAUCCUUGCAAGAUAUUAAGCAAAAAGAGUUAUCCCGAAUUGAAGAAGCCCUUCAAAAAGCUGCAGAGAGAGGCGCACAUUCAGGGGAGUUCAUAUAUGGCUUGGAGAACUUUGUUUACAAGGAUGUCAAGCCUGGACGUAAACGUAAAAAGCACAAAAAACAUUUUAAGAAACGUUUUAAAGGCACAAAAGAUAAACCAAAAGAAGCCAAAAAAGAUACAUUUUUGGAAAAAUUGGCAACUCAAGUAAUUAAAAAUGUACAAGUAAAGAUCACAGAUAUUCACAUUAAGUAUGAAGAUGAUGUCACUGAUCCGCAGCGACCUCUUUCAUUUGGCGUCUCAUUGGGAGAGUUUAGUCUUUUGACUACAAAUGAACAUUGGACCCCAUGUGUAUUAAAUGAAACAGAAAAAAUUAUAUACAAGCUUGUACGGCUUGAUAGUCUUAGUGCCUACUGGAAUGUAAAUUGUUGCAUGUCCUACGAAGGAUCAAGAGAGCAGAUUUUGGAUCAUCUGAAAAGUGAAAUUUCUAAAAGUAGCAAUGUAUCUCCAGAUCAUCAAUAUAUUUUCCAGCCAAUAUCAGCCUCUGCAAAACUCUUCAUGAAUCCUUCUGCAGAAUCAGAGCUCAAAACACCCAAACUUGAGGGGAACAUAGAGGUACAGAAUAUCGCCAUUGAGCUGACCAAACCUCAGUACUUAAGUAUGAUUGACCUUUUGGAGUCAGUGGAUUAUAUGGUUAGAAAUGCCCCUUACAGAAAAUAUAAACCAUAUUUACCACUUCACAACCAUGGUCGACAAUGGUGGAAAUAUGCAAUUGAUUCUGUUCUUGAAGUUCAUAUAAGAAGAUAUACACAGAUGUGGUCAUGGAAUAAUAUCAAAAAACACAGGCAGUUGCUCAAGCUUUAUAAAAAUACCUACAAAAACAAGCUAACUCAGACAAAAAUUUCUGAAGAAACACAGAAACAAAUUCAGGAUUUGGAGAAGAAUCUAGAUGUUUUUAACAUAAUUUUAGCAAGGCAACAAGCACAAGUGGAGGUGAUUCGAUCUGGGCAAAAAUUACAGAAGAAGUCAGCUGAAACAAGUGAGAAACGAGGCUGGUUCAGUGGAUUUUGGGGCAAGAAGGAAUCAAGGAAAAAAGAUGAGGAAUCUUCAAUCCCAGAAACUAUUGAUGACCUUAUGACAUCAGAGGAAAAAGAUAAACUCUUCACUGCUAUUGGUUAUAGUGAAAGCACCCAUAAUCUGACUUUACCCAAGGAGUAUGUUGCUCAUGUAAUGACAUUGAAGUUAUUAAGUACUUCUGUUACAAUAAGAGAAAACAAAAAUAUUCCAGAAAUACUAAAAAUUCAGAUCAUUGGCCUGGGCACUCAAGUAUCUCAGCGACCAGGAGCACAAGCACUUAGAGUAGAAGCAAAAUUAGAACACUGGUAUAUAACAGGCUUAAGGCAGCAGAAUAUUGUACCAUCACUUGUGGCCUCAAUUGGUGAUCGUGCAUCAUCCCUGCUUAAGAUUGAAUUUGAAACCAGCCCGGAGAAUAGCACUGCUGACCAGUCUCUGGUGGUUGAGUCCCAGCCUGUGGAAGUCAUUUAUGAUGCUAAAACCAUCAAUGCAGUGGUUGAAUUCUUUCAGUCAAAUAAGGGAUUAGAUCUUGAGCAAAUAACAUCAGCUACAUUAAUGAAACUGGAAGAAAUUAAAGAGAAAACUGCUACAGGGCUUACGCAUAUGAUUGAAACCCGGAAAGUUCUUGACUUAAGGAUAAAUUUAAAGCCCUCUUACCUAAUAGUCCCAAAGACAGGUUUCCACCAGGAAAAAUCUGAUCUUCUCAUUUUAAAUUUUGGUACAUUUCAGCUUAACAGUAAAGAUCAAGGUUUGCAGAAAACUAGUAAUUCAUCUCUUGAAGAAAUAAUGGAUAAGGCGUAUGAUAAAUUUGAUGUAGAAAUAAAAAGUGUGCAGCUACUGUUUGCAAGAGCAGAGGAAGAUUGGAAAAAAUGUCAAUUUCAGCAUCCAUCAACUAUGCAUAUUUUGCAACCCAUGGAUAUUCAUGUUGAACUGGCUAAAGCAAUGGUAGACAAAGACAUUAGAAUGGCCAGAUUCAAAGUCUCAGGAGGACUUCCUUUGAUGCAUGUGAAAAUCUCAGAUCAGAAGAUGAAAGAUGUGCUAUCUUUGAUUAACAGUAUUCCCUUGCCACAGACAUCAUCUGAAAAAACUCCAGAGAAGCAGGUAUCUACAAUUCCUGUUAUUUCCGAAAGAACAAAGGACCUCCUGGGCACUUCACUGUUACUGAAUGGAAUAGAAUCAGAUUCUGAUGAUGAAUAUUUUGAUGCUGAGGAUGGAGAGAUGCAUGCUAGUGGAAAAAGCACAAAAGGUUCAGAGCCGAAGAAAGCCCCAGAGGCUCCCAAUGAGGAGCUUAUCAAUAUUCUCUUAAAGUUUGAAGUUAAAGAGGUGAUUUUUGAAUUUACCAAGCAACAGAAAAAAGAAGAAACAAUUUUAGUAUUCAGUGUUGCUCAAUUAGGAACAGAAGCAACUAUGAGAACAUUUGAUUUAAAAGCAGUGUCUUAUUUAAAGAAAAUUAGUUUGGAUUAUCAUGAAAUUCAAGGAUCUAACAAGAAGCCCCUUCACUUGAUUAGCUCUUCUGACAAACCUGGAUUAGAUCUAUUGAAAGUGGAGUAUACUAAGGCUGAUAAGAAUGGGCCUAGUUUUCAAACUACUUUUGAAAAAACUGAGCAAACACUCAAGGUGGCUUUUUCAUCUUUAAAUUUGUUACUACAAACACAAGCCCUACUUUCCUCAAUUAACUACCUGACAGCCAUUGUUCCAUCACAUGCUCAAGAUAUGAGUGAUACCAAAGAGGUGCAAAUUUCAGCUGGAAAGCAGCCAAAAAAUUCAGCUCUGCAGAAAGUGACUGCUUCCUCUAAAGAUAGUGAUAUUAUUGACUUCAAGCUCUUUGCUAAGUUGAAUGCUUUCAGUGUUUUUGUUUGUGAUGAGAAGAACAAUAUUGCUGAAAUCAAGAUUCAAGGCCUUGAUUCCUCUCUUUCUCUUCAGUCAAGGAAACAAUCGCUAUUUGCCAGACUGGAGAAUAUUAUUGUCACAGAUGUUGAUCCUAAGACAGUUCAUAAAAAGGCUGUGUCAAUAAUGGGGAAUGAAGUGUUUCGCUUUCACCUUGAUUUGUAUCCAGACUCUACUGAAGGGGCAUCCUACAUGGACAUGUCCAAGGUGGACUGUAUGAUGUCACUACAGGUUGGCUGCAUUCAGAUCGUCUAUGUCCAGAAAUUCCUCCUGUCACUUCUGAACUUCCUGAACAAUUUUCAGAUGGCCAAAGAGGCUGUGAGUGCAGCCACUGUCCAGGCUGCAGAGAAAGCUGCCACCAGUGUGAAAGAUCUUGCCCAAAGGAGUUUUCGGGCUUCUAUUAAUAUUGAUUUGAAGGCACCAGUCAUAGUCAUCCCACAGUCUUCUGUCUCCACUAACGCUGUUGUGGUUGAUCUUGGGUUGAUCAGAGUUAAGAACCACUUCCAGCUCUUGUCUGGUGAAGAUGAUGUGAACCCUCCUGUGAUUGACAGAAUGGAAGUGCAGCUGACAGAGCUUAAGCUUUCUAGGACAGUAAUUCAGCCGGGCAUCUCUCAUCCUGACAUUCAGCUAUUGCGGCCAAUGAACUUGGAGUUUUCUGUAAAUAGAAAUUUAGCUGCCUCGUGGUACCACAAAGUCCCUGUUAUGGAAAUUAAAGGACAUCUUGAGUCAGUGAAUGUUAUUCUAAAUCAGGAAGAUCUUAAUCUUUUAUUUAAAAUACUAGCAGAAAAUCUUGGUGAGGCUAGUGAAGACAUGAAUAAAGCAAAGUCAGGGCUCCAAAAGACAGGUGAAACUAAAGAGCUACCUGAACUCCCCACAUCACAAGAUGUACAUGCUUCACAAGAGACUUUAAGAACUGGAGUGGAAGAAACUAAAUCUGUGGACAUCAUUAAUAUUCUUUUGAAUUUUGAAAUCAAAGAGGUUGUGAUUACUCUUAUGAGAAAAGCAGAAAAAAAAGUAAGGCCUUUACAUGAACUAAAUGUUCUGCAGCUUGGAGUGGAAGCUAGAGUUAAAACUUAUGACCUGACAGCUAAUGCAUAUCUGAAAAAAGUUAGCAUGAGAUGCUUUGAAUUUACUGACUCAAAAGGAGAAAAUAUUUACAUUAUAAACUCUGCUAAUAUGACUGAUGAACCCCUUCUGAAAAUGUUGUUGACCAAGGCAGACAGUAAUGGACCGGAAUUUAAAACUGUUCAUGAAAAUACCAAACAGAGACUGAAAGUUUCAUUUUCAUCCUUAGAUUUAGUACUUCAUUUGGAAGCAUUAUUAUCCUUCAUGAAUUUUGUAUCAACUGCUGUUCCAUCCUCUGAACCUUCUGAGAAGGAAUCUGAACUGAAGUCACUUGUGGGGGACUCAAGAAGUGCCUUUGUUCAAGCUGCUUCUAGCUGCUCAUCUCAAGAUGAUGUGUUUGACUUAAAGAUCAUAGCUGAAUUAAAUGCAUUCAAUGUCUUUGUCUGUGACCAGAAAUGUAGCAUUGCAGAUAUUAAAAUACAUGGUGAGCAUGAUGCUUCUAUCUCGAUGAAACCAAAGGAGACAGACGUGUGCAGACUUAAGGAUAUUAUAGUAAAAAUGUUUGACUUAUUGUCCAUUCACAAAAAGGCUGUCUCUAUUUUGGGAGAUGAAGUCUUUAGGUUUCAGAUGACUCUUUAUCCACAAGCCACAGAAGGAAAGGCCUAUGUUGAUAUGUCUAAAGUGGAUGGCAAACUUAGUCUCAAAGUGGGUUGUAUUCAAAUUGUUUAUGUACAUAAAUUCUUCAUGUCUCUUUUGAACUUCCUUAACAACUUCCAAGCUGCCAAAGAAGCUUUGAGUUCAGCCACUGUCCAGGCUGCUGAGAGAGCUGCUUCAGGCAUGAGAGAUUUGGCUCAAAAGAGCUUCCGCCUCUUGAUGGAUAUUGAUUUGAAAGCACCAGUUAUCAUCAUUCCUCAGUCCUCAAUAUCACCGAAUGCCAUUAUAGCAGAUCUGGGUUUAAUCAGAGUGGAAAACAAAUUUAGCUUAGUUCCUAUGGGACCUGAUUGUCUUCCACCAGUAAUAGACAAAAUGAACAUACAACUUACUCAGUUGAAGCUGUCCAGGACAAUAUUGCAGACCAACUCGUCACAACAUGAUGUUGAGAUAUUAAAACCAGUCAACCUGCUUUUAUCUGUACAGCGAAAUUUAGCAGCAGCAUGGUAUAUGCAGAUUCCAGGGAUGGAAAUAAAAGGAGAACUACAACCUAUGCAAGUUGCUCUUAGUGAAGAUGACUUAACAGUUUUAAUGAAAAUUUUGCUGGAAAAUCUUGGAGAAGCAUCUUCUCAGUCAAGCCCCACACAACCCACACAGGAAGCUGGGCGAGUAAGAAAAGAUAUACUGAGUAAAUCUGAUCAACUCAAAGAACAAGAUCUGACAGACUCAUCACUUUCCAUGGACCAGAAUGUCACGCUCCAAUUUGACUUUCAUUUUGAAUCUCUUUCUAUUAUCCUCUAUAACAAUGAUAGCCAUCAGGAGUCCAAACUCGCAUUUCAUAAGGAUAGUUUCCGGAUUGGUGAACUCAGACUACAUCUUCUGUCCUCCACGGGAAAGAUGUUUAAGGAUGGCUCAAUGAGUGUCAGCAUGAAACUGAAGACUUGCACCUUGGACGACCUCAGAGAAGGCAUUGAAAGAGCGACAUCAAGAAUGAUUGAUAAGAAGAAUGACCAAGAUAUUAAUAAUUCUAUGAUUGAUAUAAGUUAUAAACAAGACAAAUAUGGAAGUCAUAUUGAUGCUAUACUUGACAAGCUUUAUGUAUGUGCAAGUGUGGAAUUUCUGAUGACUGUGGCAGAUUUCUUUAUCAAAGCUGUACCUCAGAAUCCAGAAAACACAGCAAGGGAAGUUCAGAUUCCACUCCGACAGACUGUGACAACAAAAACCAAGACUGAGAAAGAUGACUCUGUAAGACCAAAUAUGACUUUGAAGGCCAAGGUCAUGGACCCAGAAGUGGUAUUUGUUGCCAAUUUGACAAAGGCUGAUGCACCUGCUCUAUUAGCUUCGUUUCAGUGUAACCUAUCUCUGUCCACAUCCAAACUUGAGCAGAUGAUGGAGGCCUCUGUACAGGAUCUUAAAGUGCUUGCUUGCCCAUUUCUCCGAGAAAAGAGAGGAAAAAACAUUACGACAGUCUUACAGCCCUGCUCUUUAUUUAUGGAGAAAUGUACUUGGACUUCAGGAAAACAAAAUAUAAAUAUUAACGUUGGAGAAUUUAUAAUUAAAAUUUCACCCAUAAUUCUUAAUACAGUGAUGACAAUCAUGACCGCUAUGUCUCCAAAGACAAAAGAGGAUGAAUCCAAUGAUACAUCAAAGGAAAUGGAAAAUCUUUGGGAAAUCAAAUCUAUUAAUGAUUAUAACUCUUGGUUUCUUGGUGUUGAUAUGGCAACAGAAAUAACUGAAAAUUUCAAGGAUACAGAACAACCAUCGAUAGAAGAAAAUUGUGUUUUUACUAUGGAAUCAGUUCAAGUGACCCUAGAAUGUGGCCUUGGACAUCGAACAGUACCAUUGUUAUUGGCGGAAUCUAAACUCUCUGGAAAUAUUAAAAAUUGGACUUCACUUAUGGCUGCUGUUGCACAUAUGACACUCGAGGUCCAUUACUAUAAUGAGGUCCAUGCUGUUUGGGAGCCACUAAUUGAGAGAGUGGCAGGGAAGAGACAAUGGAAUUUGACACUUAAUGUAAAAAAGAACCCAGUCCAGGACAAAGGUUUGAUGCCUGGAGAUGAUUUCAUUUGUCUUCCUGAACCACAAACAGCAGUUCAUAUUUCUUCAGGAGAUACAAUGAAUAUAACGAUAUCCAAAAGUUGUCUUAGUGUUUUCAACAAUUUAGCCAAAGGUUUCUCUCAGGGCACUGCUUCUACCUUUGACUACUCUUUGAAAGACAAGGCUCCCUUCACAGUACAAAAUGCUUUGGGAGUUCCUGUUAAUGUCCAGCCCAAUCUCAAUCUUAAAGUCAUGGGUUCUCCUGAGAAAUGUGAUCUUUAUGAUCUUGGUGCUGGUCAAAACCUGGAGUUGGAAUAUGCCAGUCUAGAACCUUCAGGUCAAGGAAAGCGAUCCAUGCUGAGCCGCCAGGAAAGCUCUUUCUUCACUCUGACCUUUGUACCUCAUGGAUACACAGAAGUAGCAAAAGUUUCUGUUUCAAGACCUGGACGGCAGCUGUAUAAUGUCCGAAACCCCAGUGCCACCCAUUCUGACUCAGUCUUGGUGCAGAUUGAUGCAACCGAAGGGAAUAAAGUGAUUACCUUGCGUUCUCCUCUGCAGAUUAAAAACCAUUUCUCUAUUGCAUUUACAAUUUAUAAAUAUGUAAAGACUGUUAAAUUCUUGGAAUGCAUUGGAGUUGCCAGACCUGAAGAAGAAUUCCAUGUUCCCUUAGAUUCCUACAGGUGUCAGCUCUUCAUAAAGCCAGCUUCUGGCUUGGAGAGGCAGUACAAAGAGUCCACCACUUACAUUUCCUGGAGGGAACAGCUGCACAGGAGCACAGAAGUCAGAUGUGUGUUGCAGUGUCCAGCUGUGACUGUCAACUACUUACCCCUCAUAGUGAACACUGUUGCUCAACCUGAUGAACUAAGCUAUAUUUGUACACAUGGGGAAGACUGGGAUCCUGCAUAUGUCAUCCAUCUCUAUCCUCCCCUCACUAUACGGAACCUUCUCCCAUAUUCAUUGAGAUAUCUACUUGAGGGAACAGCAGAAACUCAUGAGCUAGCAGAAGGCAGUGUUGCUGAUGUGCUGCAUUCAAGAAUUAGUGGGGAAUUAAUGGAAUUAGUUCUGAUGAAAUAUCAGGGGAAGAACUGGAAUGGCCAUCUCCGCAUAUGUGAUACACUGCCCGAAUUUUUUCUGGUGUGUUUUUCUUCUGAUUCCACUGAGGUGAUGACCUUGGAUCUGUCUAUCCAUGUUCGGCAGCUAGGCAGUCGCAUGGUGCUGUCUAUCUUCAGUCCCUACUGGCUAAUCAAUAAAACAUCUCGGGUUCUCCAAUACCGCUCAGAAGAUAUUCACAUGAAGCAUCCAGCUGAUUUGAGGGACAUUAUUUUAUUUUCUUUUAAGAAGAAGAACAUUUUCAGUAAAAACAAGGUACAACUAAAAAUUUCAACUAGUGCCUGGUCCAAUAGUUUCUCCUUGGACACAGUGGGAAGUUAUGGGUGUGUCAAAUGUCCUGCCAACAAUAUGGAAUAUCUGGUUGGUGUUAGUAUCAAAAUGAGCAGUUUUAAUCUUACACGAAUAGUAACUCUGACUCCCUUUUGUACCAUUGCAAACAAGUCAUCCUUAGAACUUGAAGUUGGUGAAAUUGCAUCUGAUGGUUCAUUGCCAACAAAUAAAUGGAACUAUAUUGCUUCUACAGAGUGUCUUCCAUUUUGGCCAGAAAACUUGUCAGGCAAACUUUGUGUAAGAAUAGUAGGCUGUGAAGGAUCCUCCAGACCAUUCUUUUAUAACAAACAAGACAAUGGCACUUUAUUGAGUCUAGAACAUCUGAAUGGAGGUAUAAUUGUGGAUGUAAACAUUGCGGAACAUUCAACUGUUAUAACCUUUUCUGACUACCACGAGGGAUCAGCACCUGCCCUAAUAAUGAACCACACACCAUGGGACAUCCUCUCAUAUAAGCAGAGUGGAUCACGGGAAGAAAUGGUUCUGCUGCCAAGACAAGCUCGACUUUUUGCCUGGGAAGAUCCAACUGGUACCAGAAAACUGCUGUGGCAAUAUGCAGAAAACUGUGGAGAGCAUGACCUAUUAAAGGAUGAAUGUGGGCAGUUUCCAUAUGAUGCAAACAACCAAGUACAUUGGGUAUCCUUCCUAGACGGGAGACAAAGAGUUCUGCUAUUCACCGAUGAUGUUGCCUUAGUUUCUAAAGCCUUGCAGGCAGAAGAAAUGGAGCAAGCUGAUCAUGAAAUAACCUUUUCGCUCCACAGUCUCGGCCUUUCAUUAGUUAACAAUGAAAAUAAGCAGGAAGUUUCAUAUAUUGGGAUAACCAGUUCUGGUAUUAUUUGGGAGAUGAAACCAAAACAGAAAUGGAAGCCUUUUAGUCAAAAGCAGAUAAUCUUGUUGGAACAGUCCUAUAACAAAUAUCAAGCAUCAAGAGAUCAGGGCUGGAUUAAAUUAGACAGUAAUUUUGAGGUCCGUUUUGAUAAAGUCCCAAUGGAAAUGCGCCUUCCAAUUCAGUGCCCUAUAAGGAGAGAUUAUUUAUCAGGAAUUCAGAUUGAAUUUAAGCAAUCUCCUCACCAGAGAAGUUUAAGGGCCAGGUUGUAUUGGCUUCAGGUUGAUAAUCAGUUAUCAGGAACAAUGUUUCCUGUUAUAUUCCAUCCCGUGGCCCCUCCAAAAUCAAUUGCUUUGGAUUCAGAACCUAAACCUUUUAUUGAUGUGAGUAUCAUCACAAGAUUCAAUGAGUACAGUAAGGUCUUACAGUUCAAGUAUUUUAUGGUCCUCAUUCAGGAAAUGGCCUUGAAAGUUGACCAGGCAUUUCUAGGAGCUAUUCUUGCAUUAUUUACCCCAACAACAGAUCCUGAAGCUGAAAGAAAAAGGACGAAGUUAAUCCAACAAGAUAUUGAUGCUUUAAACACAGAAUUAAUGGAGACAUCAAUGACUGAUAUGUCAAUUCUCAGUUUCUUUGAACAUUUCCAUAUUUCUCCUGUCAAGUUGCAUUUGAGUCUGUCUUUGGGUUCUGGAGGUGAAGAGGCAGACAAAGAGAAACAAGAAAUGAUUGCAAUUCAUUCCAUCAACCUGUUGUUAAAAAGUAUAGGUGCAACUCUUACAGAUGUGGAUGAUGUUAUAUUCAAACUUGCUUAUUAUGAAAUUCGCUAUCAGUUUUACAAUAGAGAUCAGCUCAUGUGGAGUGUUGUCAGGCAUUACAGUGAACAGUUCUUGAAACAGAUGUAUGUACUUGUGUUGGGCUUAGAUGUACUUGGAAACCCAUUUGGAUUAAUCAGAGGUCUAUCUGAAGGAGUCGAAGCUUUAUUCUAUGAACCCUUCCAGGGUGCUGUUCAGGGUCCUGAAGAAUUUGCUGAGGGUUUAGUGAUUGGAGUGAGAAGUCUUUUUGGACACACCGUAGGUGGUGCGGCAGGAGUUGUAUCUCGUAUCACUGGUUCUGUUGGGAAAGGACUGGCAGCAAUUACAAUGGACAGGGAGUAUCAGCAAAAGAGAAGAGAAGAAAUGGGCCGGCAGCCUAAAGAUUUUGGAGACAGCCUGGCCCGAGGCGGGAAGGGUCUCCUUCGUGGGGUUUUUGGUGGAGUGACUGGAAUAAUAACAAAGCCUGUAGAGGGUGCGAAAAAGGAAGGAGCUGCAGGAUUCUUUAAAGGGAUUGGGAAGGGACUGGUGGGUGCCGUGGCUCGCCCGACUGGUGGGAUCAUAGAUAUGGCCAGCAGCACCUUCCAAGGGAUUCAGAGGGCAGCAGAAUCCAUUGAGGAGGUUUCCAGCCUACGCCCCCCUCGCUUGAUACAUGAAGAUGGCAUUAUUCGCCCCUAUGACAGACAGGAAUCCGAAGGCUAUGAUUUAUUUGAGAAUCAUGUCAAAAAGCUAGAAGGAGAGAGUUAUCGAUACCACUGUACUGUUGCUGGACACAGGAAGACAUUUCUUAUGAUUACAAAUAGGCGAGUAUUAUAUAUAAAGGAAGUUGAAAUUCUGGGCCACAUGUCCACGGAGUGGCAGUGUCCAUUCGAAGAUUUUGUAUUUCCUCCUAGUGUCAGUGAAAAUCUGCUGAAGUUUAUAGUUAAGGAGCAGGGCAUAUUUCUCAAAAAAGACAGUGCACAUCAAGGCUGUCUCCGAAAAGUUUACCUGCAGGAUACUGCCACAGCAGAGAGAGUAUGCCGUGCCAUUGAGGAUGCUCAGUCCAUGAGACACCAACAGAAGCUGAUGAAACAGUCAUCCCUGAAACUUCUCAGGCCCCAAGUUCCCUUUUGAUCACAAUACUCAGGGGCUGCUACUGGGAACAAAAGCAAACUUGGAUAUUGUCUAGAAUUACUCUUCUCUUUUUGGCUGAAAAAUAUGUUUCAAACUGUCCUUUAAAUUUAUAUAUA